AUGGUAGAUAAAUACUGCUCCAAACGGCCAUUCGGAUGUACCAUUGGAGACAGAAAAGAGAUAGAAAAUCAAAUAGCAGAACUAUUAAAGAAAAAUUUAAUUAAAGAAUCAUAUAGUCCAUUUGCUGCUCCAGAUGCUGAUCUGACUCUUACCCUGUUUUAUGAAGGUUUAUGCCCUGGUUGUCAUCAAUUUAUUAUAAACCAGCUAUAUCCUUCAUACGAGAAAUUGGCAGGUAGCUUAAAAUUGGACCUGGUACCCUUUGGAUGGAGUUUGUUGCCAAGCAGCGUUUCCUGGGACAAAGUAAAUGAUUGUUAUCAUGGUGAACGUGGAACUGAACUUUUAUUAUCGUAUGAGGACAGGCAAGCAAAGCUUAAUCCCGAAUUACCUUGGGUACCAAAUGUAAGAUUUAAUGGCGUCUAUGAUGCAGACAUAGAAGAGCAAGCUGUGAUGGAUCUUACAUCGACCGUUUGCAACUUACUAAAAGAUAAUAAACCAGACGAGGCUGAUUUGACUCUUACCCUGUUUUAUGAAGGUUUAUGCCCUGGUUGUCAUGAAUUUAUCCUAACACAGCUAUAUCCUUCAUACGAAAAAUUGGCAGAUAGCGUAAAAUUGGACCUGAUUCCCUUUGGAUGGAGUUUGUUGCCAAGCAGCAUUUCCUGGGAUAAUGUUAGUGAUUGUUAUCAUGGCGACCGUGGAACUGAACUUUUAUUAUCGUAUGAGGACAGACAAUCAAAGCUUAAUCCCGAAUUACCUUGGGUACCAAAUGUAAGAUUUAAUGGCGUCUAUGAUGCAGAUAUCGAAGAUCAAGCUAUGACAGAUCUUACAUCUACUGUUUGCAAGUUACUAAAAGAUAAUAAACCAGACGUUUGCAAAGAUCAUGUGACAAAAACUCAUCCAAAAAUGAUUAAAAGAAAUAAAUGUUAAAUAAAAUUUUUAUUGAGAGUUGAUUUAUUUUUUCUUAACAAAUAAAUAAUACUGUUAAAGCGAC